UAUUCACAGUCGCCUAGUAAUUAUACUUUGCCAGUUUAUAGCCCUGGUGUUCAUAGCUAGCCACGAAUAUUAAGCUGCUUAUUUUCGUGGACCUACACUGAAUACUUUCUCAAAUCUCCCCUUGAACACUUUGUUUAUAUAAUCUUAAGCUUAUUUCAGUUGUUGUAGAAUUAACCAUGAACAAAUGCAGUGCAUACAACCGUGUAUUCCAACAAUUUGAUGAAGACAAAGAUGGUAAAAUCUCAGCCCUGGAGCUGUGUCGUUGCAUUGAAUCAAUAGGUGGCGGGUUGCUGAUGGAAGAGGCGGAGACAGUGAUUGAAUCCUUGGACUCAGAUGGAGAUGGGCUGCUGGGGUUGGAGGAUUUCGUUGGUUUAAUGGAAAGUGGGAGUGAAGAAGAGAAAAUAAAGGACUUGAGAGAGGCCUUUGAGAUGUAUGACACAGAUGGAGCUGAAUGCAUCACGCCAAAGAGCCUGAAGAGUAUGCUUAGCCGACUUGGCGAGUCAAGAACACUUGAAGAAUGUGUUGUUAUGAUUAACCAGUUUGAUCUUGAUGGCAAUGGGGUGCUUAAUUUUGAGGAGUUCAAGGUCAUGAUGAAACAAUGAGUCAUGUACUGUGUAGAUUUUUUUGUUUUGAAAAUAUAAGAAGGAUGCAGUUGAGUUACAAAAUACAAACCUCUUUUUAGUGUUGAAUAGUGUGGUGUAGAUAUUUUAAUGUAUAAUACCAUUUAAUGUAUUUUUGGGCCUUGUAACCUCUUUGCAAAAGAAUUUAGAGAAAUGCGAAUAGCGAAAAAAUUGAUGGAAAGUUUGACAAUAGUAUUA